UGAGUAAACGACAGUGGUUUGGUCGGUUGCCGUGGUAGCAGAGCCUAGCCGUAAGUUUAGCUCCGUUUAGUCCAGUGUGAGUCUCUUAUCGAUAUCGGCUAUCAAGCGAUCCGACAACACAGCAUAAAAGCGAAUUGAGUGUGUUGAGUGUAUUUUGCUCAUUGCUGUUUGUCAGUUGUGCGACCGAAAUGACCUCACACGAACACGUUACAGACUAUUCGUUUCUGACAUUUAUUCCAGUGUAUGCCCCUUGAAAUACUUGGAUUAAGUUUGUUGUGUUUGUGUUCAGUGAUCUCAAACGUUUACAUCCUAAAUGAUGGCUGAACAGCAACGCGAUGCUCCAGAACGAGAACUGGAGCAACAGAUCCUGCAAAUGAAGAAGCAGCACCAGCUGCAACAUCAGAUCUUGUUGCAGCAUUUUCAGCAGCAGCAGCAACACCUCGCGGAACAGCACGAUCUCCAGCUCAAACAGUACUACAAGGAGUUCUGGGAACGUCAGAAGCAUUUGCAGGAAUUGAGGCAACGCGAACAAUUAGAAGCUCUCAGGAAAAAAGAGAAACACGAGGAGAGCGCGGUAGCUUCCACGGAGGUCAAACAUAAAUUACAGGCAUUCCUGCGGCAGAGAGCUUCUGGGGGCUCAAACAAAACACCUCGAGUCGAAAGCUCCUGUUGGUCAAAAAAUAUGGACACGAGUACAGAUGGCAUUCCUAACAGCAACGAUUUUCCUCUACGAAAAACAGCUUCCGAACCCAACCUGCUGAAGGUCCGGCUCAAACAGCGCGUCAUGGAACGCCGCUGCAGCCCCAUGAGCAAACGCCACCUACCCUCACCGCUCAAAAAGAAACUGCUGAGCUCCUGCCUACCACCCAGCGAGUCGCCCCCGCAAGAACCACCCAAAGAACUGAGCCCACCCUGCGAGUCCGACGAGUACCAGAGCCACGCGCUCUUCAGCAGCCCCUCGAUGCCCAACAUCUCCCUGGCCGCCCACCACGUGCUCUCUCCCGACCUAUCCGAGGCGGCUCUGAGGGCGGCCUGCACGGCCCGUCUCGGCAUGCCGCUGACCGGCCAAAUGCUGCCUGGCACCCUGCCUUUCUACCCUUCCCUGCCUGCCAUAGAGAGCGAGCACGAGGAAACGCCCCUGGACACGAUAAGCGAGCUGCAGGAGCCGCAGCAGAGGGGGGUGAUAAGGCCGCUGGGGAGGACGCAGUCUUCGCCGCUUCCCCUAGGUCAUCCCCUGCUGGAAGGGCCGCCGCCUCCCAUUCUCCAGCCCCCGCAGCCGCCCCCCGAGGAGGAGCAGAAGGAUGUGGAACUGAAGGAUAACGAAUCUAGAAGCAUAAGGCCUUUAUCGAGGGCGGUGAGCAGUCCUGUAGUCCACCUGGGCAUUCCAGAACCUCCGACAUUGUCACGUAGGCGAUCCUCGACAACCCCCACCACAGGCCUGGCCUACGAUAAUCAAAUGCUCAAGCACACCUGUAUAUGCGGCAACAACAUCGUUCAUCCCGAACACGCAGGCCGUCUUCAAAGCAUAUGGUCGAGACUGUUAGAAACCGGCCUAGUAGCCAGAUGUGAUAGGCUGAGACCCCGCAAAGCGACCACGCAAGAACUACAAACCUGCCAUACCGAAAACCAUACCAUCCUGUAUGGCACUAGCUCACUGAAUAGACAUAAAAUGGACACUAGCAAAGUAACCUUCGUGCGACUUCCGUGUGGCGGUAUAGGGGUGGACAGUGAUACCACAUGGAACGAGAUGUACACAGCGUCCGCAGCUCGUAUGGCCGUCGGAUGUACGGUGGAUUUGGCCGUACGAACCUGGACUGGCGAUAUAAAAAACGGUUUCGCUAUAGUUCGUCCCCCCGGUCAUCACGCAGAGCCUCAACAAGCGAUGGGAUUCUGUUUCUUCAACUCCGUAGCUAUAGCCGCAAGGAUACUGCAGAGGGAGCAUAGGGUCCAUAAAAUUCUCAUAUUCGACUGGGGCAUGCACCACGGUAACGGUACCCAGGACAUCUUCUACAGCGAUCCGAGAGUUCUAGUCAUUUCUCUUCAUAGGUACGAAAACGGGAAUUUCUUCCCUGGCACGGGCAGUCCCAACGAUUGUGGGGUCGGGGAAGGGUUGGGGUUCAACGUGAACAUAGGUUGGAACGGCGGGUUGAAUCCACCGUUAGGGGACGCUGAAUACCUGGCCGCUUUUCGGAGUGUCGUCUUACCUAUAGCCAAGGAAUUUUGUCCGGAUAUAAUCUUAGUAUCGGCUGGUUUCGACGCCACGGACGGUCAUCUGCCACCGUUGGGCGGUUAUAGGGUUACGCCCGCCUGUUACGGCUACAUGACGCGACAACUGAUGCAGCUUUGCGAGGGGAGGGUAGUGCUGGCUUUGGAAGGAGGGUACGAUCUACCUUCGAUUUGUGACUCGGCGGAAGAGUGUGUGAAAGUAUUACUUGGAGAUACCCCAUCCGAUAUUUGUCCCUCGGAACUGUCUAGGGCGCCUUGUCACAACGCUGUCAUGAGUUUGCAGGAGGCCAUAUCGGUGCAGAUGAAACAUUGGCCUUGCCUACAGAUGUCGUCGAAAUCGGGGAUGAUCUCGCAUAACGACGCAGUGCGUAGUGAGAAGGAAGACAAAGACACAGUAUCCGCGAUGGCUAGUUUAUCCAUGCAGCAUCAGUCGAUGAUGUCGCCUCCGAGGGUUUUGAUGCAGCAGGGUUUCCAACCGCUGAAAUGCCAGGACGCUGGUCGUCCAAUGGACUGAGAUUGAUGACGAUCAAUUGUUUUCAUUAUUUUCCUACACUCCUCAUUUCAACUGAACAUUCCUGGUGGCACUGUUAAGUCACUAAUAUUAUUAAGAUCAAAUUAAUCGUGUUUUAUUUUUGUUAAUAUAUUGAAGAUUUUUAAUAAAACAAUUUAUUUAC